AUGUACGAGUUUGUGAGGGAGUACGAAGAUCUGUAUGGAAUAGCACACAUGACAUAUAACGCCCACCUUUUACUACACCUUGUUGCAUCGGUGGAAGUAUGGGGCCCAUUGUGGAAUUAUUCAGCGUAUGCAUUUGAGGGCAUGAAUGGGCAGCUCGUUCAACUCGUAAACGGCACACGUUAUGCUGGCUGGCAAGUGGUUGAGAAGUUUUAUUUUCUGUCACACCUUCCCAUCAUAUGGGACAAAUGUUCCCACUUUGAGGAUGCCCAGUCGAAGCACCGGCUAAUGAAGUACUUUUUAAGGGGGUACAAUCUGCGAAAGAACUCCGAGAGCACUGGUGGUGUCGUUUUUUUCGGAAAGGGAGAGACGGGUAACCGUGGCAUCUCGUACAAAAAAGUGCUCAUUGGCAGUUUCCUCUACUGCACGAAGGGCCUUGAUAAGUCGCGCCGCCUUAACUCAGUCGUGUACAUCAAUGGUACAUUUGGCCAGAUCGAGAAUAUUUUGGCGACUUGUGUAGAGGGACAUCGAUCAUGUACAUGUGUUCGCCGUGUUGUCUUUCAUUUAUGCGAACUUAAGGUUGCAAGAACAUUUGUUGCCGAUAACUUGAGUGGAACCAUCAUACAUGAAGUUUGCACGACAUCAGAUAGAGUAGAGAUGGCUUGUGAAAAUCCACGGAAAUGUAUGUUAUUGCAGUCAUCGUCAAAGACAUUUGUGUGUUGUGUUGCCAGCAAGUGCAUUUUUGAAGCAACAUAAAGAUGUCCUUGCAAGAGGAGGGAGAGAGCCAGAAGUAAAUUUUUAUACUGAAGCACGAGCGGAGAAAAUACUAAAAUAUCUCAUUUGGAGCACAUACUGCACCGUUUUUAGCACUAUUUGGCAAAGCAACAUCCUUCCAUAAACUUAAGCUGGUAGAAUUUCACGACAGUUUUGAAUAAGCAAACAACCGAUAGUAUGAGUGCAUUGCCUCUCAGGGAGACUACUUUGACGGUUAUUAAAUUCUAAGGAUGAUUAGAACGAUAAGCGACUUAAAAAGACUAGCUCUACUUUUGUGUCCCUCUCAUACUUGCUGUUGCAGCACACAAAGUACCAUUGCUCAUGCUGUUGCUAUAUGCUUUUCUGUUUUUGCUCCUUCUACAUUCCCCUCAGAGUUGCUUGUGUUUUGUCUGUGGUAGGUGUAAGCUUGUUUCUAUUGUUUCAUACAGGGUGUCCCAGUUAACUUGGACAAAAAUUAAAAAAAAAACAAGAGCUCUAGAGAAAUCGUUCCGACUGCAUAGCAGUGGCAGUCGUACGUACUUACAGCCAGUAUUUUUUUUAUCACGAAUUAUUAAUUCAUUUAUUUUAAAUAUUGAACUUGUUAAUUAUUGCUUGAAUUGCAAACAUAUUAAUUACAGUGUUUUAGGGCACCUUAAAUAACCUCCGAAUCAAGCACUUAUUUCAUGCUGAACUGGUCCUGGUUGUUCUUUCCAAGAAAAAACAAAAGCCUGCGAAAUAGAUGCACACUCGCACGCUGUUACUCGAGCUCCUACAAGCAGCCAUUGAAAUAUGGAUGGCUGCAUUCUGUUAUCGCCACAUCGUACAAGGCUCCGCUACGCUUAUCAAUGCGUCAGUGGCGUGUUCUUUUGAUGCCGCGACCAUCACAUAGUGUGAAGCCCUGUA